CUGUCUUUACCUCCUCGAUGGGGGACAAUAAAAGCAGUAGAGACGAGGUAUUGAGCACCAGACUGUUGAACCUCUGAAUCCUGUUCGUGUCUGCGCCGUCGUCUUCUGAUCCGCUGGGAAUAUGGCCGCUGUUUGGACCAGACUUCUUCUCCUGGGAGUGUUUAUUGCCGUCGCACACGGGCUGACGUGCGGCCGCUGUCCGAUCGCAAUCUUUGGGCAAUGUCUGUUUCCCAGGUAUGAUGUCCAUUGCAACACCUCGACCAGCAGCUGCUUCAACGAGACCAUGUUGUUCAAUGCGACUGAUUUUAUCCGACUUCAACGCCAGGGGUGUGUGCCCUCGACCGCUUGUGACCAGACCAAGGCCAGCGCCUUCCUUGGAAUCGGUUACACCUUUUCCGUCGCCUGCUGCGGGACGGACCUGUGCAAUGGAGGGACGUCACGGUCACAAACAUACAAUGGAGGGACGUCGGUGCAGCUGUCGCUCGCUGCCACGUUCGUUGCCGUUCUGGCGUCGCUCGUGGCUCGUUAGACGACACAUGGUGCUACGACGAUACGUUCUCAGCAGACAGUUAUGAAUAAAUCCAUGAUUCAUUAAAGAGACCGUAAUAUAUAUUUCGAUUUAAAUGUGUUGAUUUAAGUGUGCGGCUUGUCAGUUGUCAGGUCAUGGGUUUCAUAAAGUUGAAUGUUGUUAACUGGUUUAAAUAGGCCUAAUAUUGAAGAAUUAAAGGAUCAAAAAGUGUUUACCUGUGUCAAAUGAAUUGAA